GGUGACUUCACUUAUAUAGAUAACUUAAUUAUAUCUAUAUCGGAUAUCGCGAGAUUAGCAGUUCUCGUUUUACGUGACUGUGAGUGAUAUUAGCUCACUCGCGGUGACAUGUUAACCUGUUGUGCCAUGAACACUGCUUAAAAUACGACAGCUGCUGACAGACUGGCCCAGAUUCCCAUGGUCCGCUCAGCUUGUUCCAGGUUCUCCGUCUUGUAUGGGGAGACCAAAAGCCACCACCCCAGCCUCAAGUUUCUGUGUGAGGGCCUGGAGAACAGCGUAGCACUCUUCAGCUUGGUGGCUUGUCACAAAGUGGCACCUGUCAUGACUAAACUCAAGCCACAAAUUUCCUUUGCCAAUGAUGUUGCAUGUAAAAGUCUUGACUGGUUGGAGGCAACGUUCCCCGUGUUGCACACACCCACUGACCAGGUCAUAGCAGGUGUCAGGAGUAAGGUGCUGGAGGUCCAGGAUGCAAUGACCAUCGUGGCCCACGGAACUAUCGACUGCAUGCAGCAUGCAGUCACAUGUGUCAUGGCCAUUUUGCAGCAGGUGGAGGACCAGCCUCUGGUGGGGGGAGCUGUCAGUGAGUCCAGCAUUGGCCUGCAAUCAGAGCUUAAUAUCUCAGAGGCUCAAAUUUGUUCUCCUACAGAUGACGCAGAUGGUCUAGUGGACGGUUUUCAGGCAGAUGUGCUCAGACGAUACUCUGUGAGGCUGCUGACAGUCUCCAUCACACUGUGCAGGAGAACCAUCCAAUUGGCUGGAGUCAAGAUGCAGCCUGCUCAGAUCAUGGAUGCCUUGUCCACAUCAUCAUGCCAUCUUUGGGUGGUGCAGACAAGCUGGCUAGUUGUGGCAUGGGGUCUGGAGCAACUCCCCCAAUGUGUACAGCACCAGGUUGUGUCUGCCUUUUUCCUUAUCACACAACUGUACAUCAAGGCCACCCAGCAGAGCGAGUCCAUCCAUGAUACAAUACGGUGCCUGUAUGCAGCACCAGAGUUACCCCCAACACCACAAAAGGUGGUCAAGAAAAACAGCCGAGCAAGAAGACCUACCAGCAUGAUAGUGUUGAAGAGCGGAUGUAUGGUGAAAGGAAGUGGGCAGCAUUGAUGUCGGUCUGAGUGAAUGAUUAAAUAUAUGAACAAAGCAAAUAAAGGCACCUGAAGAAUCUAGAUCAGAGGUUCCUAAACUUUUUAGUCACGUACUCCUUCAGACGUUUGACCUGAAGCCACAUACCCCCUACUCCUGCACACUUCAAA